AGCACAAAAUCUAUUAAAGUUCACAGGUGACGUGUUGCAGGAGACGUGAUGCCGCGAGGGAAGAGGAGCAGAGCCAGUAAGGUGGUGAGGUCAGAGGAGGACAGGCCUCUGUACCUGCAGCAGAGGGCACAGGCUGAGGCCGAGCUGGCCCGCAAGAAAGAGGAGAUACUCACACACUUCCUCAGGGACAAGCUCCAGGACGAUGAGAGAAAUAGUGUGCUGAAUCUGCUGAAGCUGAAUGAUGGCUGGAGGUCCAUCCUGCGUCAGAAGAAAUCCACAGAGAUCAAGAAGGACCUGGAUGUUCUACAGCAGACCUUUGAGAGGCAAGUGGACCUACUGGACAGCAUCAUCAAGAACCUGGGGGUGAAUGUGACUGAGGCUGAGAGCCAGUCGGCUCAGCUGCACCGCUCUCACCUGCAGCAGAUCCAGACUCUACUGGAGCUGCAGAGGAAACGCAUGGACUACCUUGAGCAGGGAUGGGAGAGCACCAUGGAGGCAAUCCAGGACCGGUACAUAACCCAGGGGGAACGAAUUACAGCUGAAAUUCAGCAGCAACACCAGGAUAUUGAUGACAACUCUUUACUGAUUCAACACAACUAUGACGAGAUGAUGAAUGAGAUCGCUGCAGUGUACAGACAGGCCAUGGAUUUCUAUGAGAACCUCUUCUUGGACAAGGUAAGCAAAUUGGAGAAGAUCCCUGAGGAGAGAAGAAGGGAGCACCAGCAGCUGAUGCAGCAGCACAGUGCCAGAUGUCAAGAGUUGGAAUCUCUAAUCAAAGAAAACCAAGAGUACACCAAGUCCAUAGAGCGGAGCAGUGGAGAAAUACAACGUCUACAGAAAAGGUUAUUUGAUUUGCAAACAUCACUCAGUUCCACUGAUAAUGGGCUGUCUGAGCUUGAGCACCAGCUGAGUGUGACCACAGAGGGCAUUCAGAGUCUGAGGGCCCAGAUGGAGAAGGAGCGCAGCAAAAGCAGGAAACUCCUCACUGUGCUUUCUGUGAACAACGACAAAGCAGCAAAGAAACUACUCAAUGUUGUCAACACAGGUGAGAGAACAUUACGUCUUGCUAAACUUUGUAAGAAGCUGGAGGAGAAGCUACUGAUCACAAAUGAGCUGGAAACUCCACCUGAAAAUGAAAUGGCAGAAGAGGAUGAAGAACCAGAGUCCUGGGAGUACCCACAGCUUAAGUUAUUCACUGCCCAUCAGAAAUCAGCACUUCUUCAGCGGGAGGUUCUUAGGAGGCGCAGAGAUGCCAUGCGCUAUGAAAACACCCAACUUCAUCUCAAAAUUCAGCAGCUACGGCAACAUCAACAAAACAUAACAAUCAGUGGACAAAGCUUACCACAAGCUGACAUAAAAAAAGGACGGAGUAACACUCUAGGACAGGAAAAAGCAAGCCCAAAUCCACCUCCGGGAUGUCUUCUGUCUCUCACUGGAACACAAGUGCCUAUUGCAGCUGGGCAAAAAAGGAUGCACCGUUGA